GUCACCAGAGGAAGCAUCCGGAAAUUUUGUAAUAUUAAUUUCAAUAACUAAAACGGUAAUUUAUCUGUCAUUUUAAGACGUCCUAUUUUGUCUUAUCUUGUAAUCAGUUCCGUCGUCAAAUUUGGAUAAUAGCUAUUCAAUUGAAAAAAAGUAUCUAAAGACAUGUCUAAAGCUGCUGUUCCUCUCAGAAUUCUCUGUAUUCACGGUUACCGUCAAAAUAGCAACACUUUUAGAGAGAAGACAGGUGCUUUGCGCAAACUGUUAAAGAAACAAGUGGAGCUGGUGUAUAUUAGUGCACCACACCAAGUGCCUGCCAUUAAACACGAAACCAAUCAGGAGCUAGAAAAGGGUGGCGGUGAUGAGGACCAGAGGGGCUGGUGGUUCUCUGAUGUCCAGGCUCGAAGUUUCAAUGCUAAUCAGGAGUGUGAGAGCAGCCUGGGUCUGGAAGACAGUUUGGAGGCAGUAAAGAUUGCAGUGAAGGAGCUUGGCCCCUUUGAUGGCAUCUUGGGCUUUAGUCAGGGCGCCGCCCUGGUGGCUAUGCUGUGUGCCCUACAGGAGCACAAACUAGAGCCUGACUUUAAUUUCCGCUUUGCCAUACUGGUCGCUGGAUUCCGUAGUGUCUGUUCCCAGCAUCAGCGGUUCUACAAGGGGCCGGCGAUCACUAUCCCCUCUCUGCAUGUGUUUGGACAGGAUGACCGUGUGAUUCCAGAGCAAAUGAGUCGAGACUUGCUGCCCACAUUUGAUGGAGCUCAAAUCCUUGUUCACCCUGGUGGACACUUUGUUCCUGCAGCAUCCGCGCACAGACAGACCUACCAAGAUUUUCUUAAAAAGUUUCAGUGAUGGGAUCAAAGAAUAUGUGAGUUUAUGGAAGUAAUCAUUGAAAACGUAUACAAUGUGCUGUGAUUUAAACAUAAUUACAGCCUUAAAAAAAAAAAACUUAAAGGAUGUUUUAUAGUAAUUUGUUCUCAGGGAAAAAGCUACAGCACUUCAAUAAAGACUUUC